AUGCCAAAGAGAAAAGAAACCAUUGAGAAAAAAGAGGCCGGCUACUGCUCGCCGCCAGGCUUGUCAUGCGCCCCAUCGAGCCAAUACCAUCCCGAUGCCACCCAACCCAUCCAGCAGCUGUCAAACUUGUCAAACUUGACAGCCGGGGGCGUCUCAGUCGCAAGGUAUAUCGCACAUCAUGUGUCAAACACACGCAUGUGCUGCCAGUCACAUUGUGUCGGGUGCUGGCCCGGAGUACAGCGCCGCCUUUGGGGCUCCGUUGCGAAUCAAUCGUCGAGCGCCGUGGGAAUGACUCUUCGAGCCGCCUCCCGGGAGGACCCAGCACGGCCUUGGGACACGUUUCGGCUGCUGUUGCCCUCGCUCGCUCGAUUGCCUCGAUCUGGAUGCGCUGGUUUGGUAUGGCGCGCGCGCCUACAGACAGACGGAAGGGAUACGAAAGAGGAAGACAAAAAGAGAGAGUUGGAGCGGAGGACUCCGGGUUUGGGGGGGCUCGAUUAUGCCUGUUAUGACGGCUCUUCAACACAGGAAAACAACCAGGAAUUCAAACGUGCAUCCCCGGAGAUCAAACCUUCAAUGGGCCCGGCUUUGCAACGUUUCCUCCGAAGGGGCAUAGUCCCGGAAUCAAAUGCCACCAUCCAAGGGGCCACGAUGCCGUGGAUAAAAAGUAAGCCGGACCCUUAA